GCCCAUGGUCCGCGGCGGCGGGCAGGCAGAGGCUCCUGCGGCCCCGGGGCCCACGGGGAUGCCCUGCGGGUGAGGCAGCCGCCUGCCGCUCGCUGCGUUCAUGGCGGUGGCCAGGAAGAUCAAAACUUUGCUGACGGUCAACAUCUUGGUGUUCGUGGGCAUCAUCCUCUUCUCCGUGUGCUGCCGCCUGCAGGGACGCUCCGAGGGGCUGGUGCAGCUGGUGCGUGGUGCUGACCCCCGGGGGCACAGCCGGCUGGCCAAGGUGGGCACGCUGGCAGACCGCGAAGCUAUCCUGCAGCGCCUGGACCACCUGGAGGAGGUGGUCUACAACCAGCUGAAUGGCCUCGCCAAGCCCAUCGGGCUGGUGGAGGGGCCGGGCGGCCUGGGCCAGGGUGGUGUGGCGGCCACUCUGCAGGAUGACAGCCUAGAGGUGGAAAACAAGUUCGAGGAGUAUGGAUACAACGCACAGCUCAGCGACCGCAUCUCCCUGGACCGGACCAUCCCUGACUACAGGCCCAAAAAGUGCAGGCAUGUGACCUAUUCCGCGGACCUGCCUCAGAUCUCCGUGGUCUUCAUCUUUGUCAAUGAGGCGCUCUCGGUCAUCCUGCGCUCAGUCCACAGCGUGGUCAACCACACGCCCUCCCAGCUCCUCAAGGAGGUGGUUCUGGUGGACGACAACAGUGACAACGUGGAGCUCAAGUCCAACCUGGACCAGUACGUCAACAAGAGGUACCCUGGCCUGGUGAAGAUCGUGCGCAACAGCCGCCGGGAGGGCCUGAUCCGCGCGCGACUGCAGGGCUGGAAGGCAGCCACGGCCCCUGUCGUGGGCUUCUUCGACGCCCACGUGGAAUUCAGCGUGGGCUGGGCCGAGCCCGCCCUGGCGCGGAUCCGGGAGGACCGCAGGCGCAUUGUGCUGCCGGCCAUCGACAAUAUCAAGUACGACACCUUCGAGGUGCAGCAGUAUGCCAGCGCCGCCCACGGCUACAAUUGGGGGCUCUGGUGCAUGUACAUCAUCCCCCCCCAAGACUGGCUGGACCGUGGGGACGAGGCCGCGCCUAUCCGCACCCCUGCCAUGAUCGGCUGCUCCUUCGUGGUGGACCGCGAGUACUUCGGGGACAUCGGUCUGCUGGACCCUGGCAUGGAGGUGUACGGAGGGGAGAACAUCGAGUUGGGCAUGCGGGUGUGGCAGUGUGGCGGCAGCAUGGAGGUGCUUCCCUGCUCCCGCGUGGCCCACAUCGAGCGUACCAAGAAGCCCUACAACAAUGACAUUGAUUACUACGCCAAGCGCAAUGCACUGCGAGCGGCCGAGGUGUGGAUGGAUGGCUUCAAGUCCCACGUCUACAUGGCCUGGAACAUCCCCAUGAGCAACCCUGGAGUGGACUUCGGGGACGUGUCAGAGCGGCGGGCCCUGCGCCAGAGGCUGAAGUGCCGCAGCUUCCAGUGGUAUCUGGAGAAUGUAUACCCCGAGAUGCGCACCUACAACGACACCCUCACGUACGGAGAGGUGAGGAACAGCAAAGCCAGCGGUUACUGCUUGGAUCAGGGGGCUGAGGACGAUGACAGAGCCAUCCUCUACCCCUGCCAUGGGAUGUCCUCCCAGCUGGUGCGCUAUAGUGCUGAGGGCCUGCUGCAACUGGGCCCGCUGGGCUCCACCGCCUUCCUGCCUGACUCCAAGUGUCUGGUGGACGACGGCCGGGGCCGCACGCCUGCGCUCAGGAGGUGUGAGGAUGUGGCCAGGCCCUCGCAGCGGCUGUGGGACUUCACCCAGAGUGGACCAAUCGUGAGCCGGGACACUGGCCGAUGCCUGGAGGUGGAACUGUCCAGGGAUGCCAACUUCGGGCUGCGACUGGUGGUGCAGCGCUGCUCGGGCCAGAAGUGGACCAUCAGGAACUGGGUCAAGCCCGGGCGGCGCUGAUGUCCAUGACCCCCAGGCCAGAGGACGGGGCAGCUUGGCCCUGGGCCCCCCAGGAACCCAACUACUCUGGGAUGAAGCUGGGCCAGUCCCGCUGGGAGGGGCCCCCAUGGGGACAGUCAGCGCCGGCUCCAAAUCACGUGCCUUUUCUGUGGACUUCCGGCCUGAGCUGGGCGCCAACUCUGCAUGUGUUGAAGGCCUGUCCGUGCCCGUGAACUCUGAUUCGACUGGCUCCCUCUGACCAGCAACGCCAGGUCAAAACUCAGCCUGUGGAGGUUGGGAGGGACACUGGGAGGAAGGGCUGCAGCCUUGCAGGCGGCCCGGGCCUGCGGGGGAAGGGGCCAGGGAAGGAGCCACUGUCCUCUGGAACCUGCAGCCCACUUGCCCGUGGGGACCCCAAGGUUCUGCAUCCUCCGAGGAGGGGUCAGCAAGCGUAAGCCCUGGCCCGCACCCUUUUUAUAAAUAAAGUUUUAUUGG